UGAGCGUUCCCAUCUCUCCUCAUUCACUAUGAAGUUGAAGGGCAAGUUUCAUUCACCGAAAAUAAAGAGGACGCCUUCGAAGAAAGGAAAGCAAGUUGAGCUGACAGUGAAAACGCCAGAGAAGUCAGCAAACAAAAACGUGUCAUGGCUAGAGGAGAAGGAGAAGGAGGUCGUAAGUGCCCUGCGCUACUUCAAGACUAUCGUGGACAAGAUGGCAGUGGAUAAGGAGGUGCUGGAGAUGCUGCCAGGCUCAGCAAGCAAAGUGCUGGAGGCCAUCCUGCCCCUGGUGCAGGCGGAUCCGCGCAUGCAGCAAAGUUCUGCCAUCUCGUCCUGCUACAGCCGGGUGUACCAGAGCCUGGCCAACCUCAUCCGCUGGUCCGACCAGGUGAUGCUGGAGGGCGUCAAUUCGGAAGACAAGGAGAUGGUGACCACAGUUAAGGGGGUCAUUAAAGCUGUUCUGGAUGGAGUCAAGGAACUGGUCAGACUCACGAUUGAAAAGCAGGAACAUCCCUCUCCCACAAGCCCAGCUAAACCCAGUUUACCAGCAUGUAAAUCUGACAGCCCGUCAGAACUUCCCCUCACGGAACGAGAGAUGGAGAUCCUCAACAAGACAACUAAUAUGACUCAAUCCAACGAGUUACUGACAGACUCCAUGGAUGAAGAGGUUGCACCUCCAAAGCCCCCCCUGCCCUGCAUUCGCGUGGCAGAAAACAGCCCUCCUCCAGCCUUGCCCCCUAAAAAACGGCAGUCAGCACCUUCCCCAACCAGAGUGGCGGUGGUGGCCCCCAUGAGUCGAGCCACGAGUGGGUCCAGUUUACCUGUGGGAAUCAACAGACAGGAUUUUGAUGUUGACUGCUAUGCCCAGAGACGGUUGUCGGGUGGAAGCCACUCCUACGGGGGAGAAUCCCCUCGCCUCUCGCCGUGCAGCAGCAUCGGCAAGCUCAGCAAGUCGGACGAGCAGCUCUCCUCCCUGGACCGCGACAGCGGCCAGUGCUCCCGCAACACAAGCUGUGAAACGUUAGAUCAAUCUGAUCACUAUGAUCCGGACUACGAGUUCCUGCAGCAGGACCUCUCCAACGCUGACCAGAUACCUCAGCAGGUGCCCGGUGUCCUCAGCCCGUUGCCAGAGUCCUUGGGCGAGUCUGGUUCCCCUUUCCAUGGACACACUUUCCAGCUCCCCCAGGGCAGCUCUCCGCCGCUGGAGUUCUGCAGCCCGACGGGAGCAGCGCAGCCGACGGAGACUCCUCCGGCGCUGCCGGAGAAGAAGAGGAGGAGCGCGGCCUCCCAGACCGCGGAUAGCUCGGCCUGCAGGGUCUCCUAUGAGAGGCACCCCUCGCAGUACGAUAACAUCUCGGAAGACGAUUUGCAGAACGCAGGGUCUGUCCUGUCAGUGCCCUUCACACCGUUCGCUGCUGUUUUGCCCUUUCAGCAAGGAAACUCUUCAGCACCAGCUGAAUUCAUUACUAACUUUGCUGCUCCAGAUUCUACCAGUGACCCAGAGAAGCCACCACCUCUGCCAGAGAAGAAAAACAAAAACAUGAUGGCAUAUAUGCAGUUCGUGGAAGACUACUCAGAGCCCCAGCCAUCCAUGUUCUACCAGACACCUCAGAACGAGCACAUCUACCAGCAGAAGAACAAGCACCUCAUGGAAGUCUAUGGGUUCAAUGACUCCUUUAUCAGCUUGGACCCCUCCCAAGACCUGGCACCUCCUCCUGCUCUCCCACCGAAACAGCGGCAGCUGAGUGAAAACGCCAGUGAGGAGGCUGGUGAGGGUGAAUACGUCAAUCUGUAUUCCUCUGGCCAGAGCAACGGGGAACUCCCUCCCUCUGAAGGAGAAUCUCCCUCCAUCAAAGACGGCCACUCCAAAGACUCCACUUCGAACAGCAGUGCCAUGGGGAAGGAAGGCAAAGAUGGUGCUGAAAGGCAGCAGCAGUCACCAGAUGCGUUGGAAUCGUCACAGCUGGAGGAAGAGGUAGAUGAGCUAUCCCUGAUUGACCACAAUGAAAUUAUGUCGAGGUUAACGCUAAAGCAAGAGGGAGAUGAUGGGCCAGAUGUUCGUGGUGGGUCUGGAGAUAUUUUGUUAGUGCACGCAACAGAGACCGACAGGAAAGAUCUGGUGCUGUACUGUGAAGCCUUUCUGACCACAUACAGAACAUUUAUUACCCCAGAAGAGCUCAUCAAGAAGCUGCAGUACAGAUAUGAGAAGUUCUGCCACUUUGCAGACACAUUUAAGAAGCGAGUCAGUAAGAACACCUUCUUCGUGCUGGUGAGAGUGGUGGAUGAGCUCUGCUUAGUGGAGCUGACAGACGAAAUUCUCAAGCUGCUGAUGGACCUGGUGUUCCGGCUGGUCUGCAACGGGGAGCUGAGCCUCGCUAGAGUGUUACGCAAAAAUAUCCUUGAUAAAGUCAGUCAGAAGAACAUGCUGAAAAACGCCAAUUGCACCAAACCUCUCGCAGCCCGUGGGGUGGCAGCCAGGCCAGGGACCCUGCAUGAUUUCCACAGUCAUGAAAUAGCUGAGCAGCUGACCCUCCUAGAUGCCGAACUCUUCUAUAAAAUUGAGAUACCAGAAGUUUUGCUUUGGGCAAAGGAGCAAAAUGAAGAGAAAAGCCCCAACCUGACACAGUUUACAGAGCACUUUAAUAACAUGUCCUACUGGGUCCGUUCAAUAAUUAUGGUGCAAGAGAAGGCCCAAGACCGAGAGAGGCUGCUCCUUAAAUUUAUAAAGAUUAUGAAGCACUUACGAAAGCUGAAUAAUUUUAAUUCCUAUCUGGCCAUUCUUUCUGCACUGGAUUCUGCACCCAUCCGAAGGCUGGAGUGGCAGAAGCAAACCUCAGAGGGCCUGGCUGAGUACUGCACACUGAUCGACAGCUCCUCGUCCUUCCGGGCCUACCGAGCAGCUCUGGCUGAUGUGGAUCCUCCCUGCAUCCCUUACCUAGGCCUGAUUCUGCAGGACUUGACCUUUGUUCAUCUGGGAAACCCAGAUUACAUUGACAGCAAAGUGAACUUCUCCAAGCGCUGGCAGCAGUUUAACAUCCUGGACAGCAUGAGGUGCUUCCAACAAGUACAUUACGACAUCAAAAGAAAUGAUGAUAUAGUGUCAUUCUUCAACGACUUCAGCGACCAUCUGGCUGAGGAGGCCUUGUGGGAACUGUCGCUCAAAAUCAAACCUCGGAACAUCACGAGGAGAAAAACAGACCGAGAAGAGAAAACCUAGGAGGAGGCUUCGUGCGAGCGAGGAGAAUUGCUCCGCAGACGCGCCGAGGGCAGCUAGGAGACUGGAGCUGGGUGUUUGUACCUGUCACUGGCUGGCGACCCUCCCUCCCAGC